UUUCCUUCGACCUUCAUUCGGCUGAACGAAGAAGUUCCAUAUGGCUCGGCCAGCAGUGCACACCCAUUAGAAUUGACUUCCGAAUCUUCCAUCCCGAGCAAACUUCAUAUUACCACCGGCACCGUGUCGUCCAUUUUACUUCCUCACGUCAUUUGAAACGCUGACCUGAAAGAAGCCUCUCACAAAUUUUUAGCAUUUCCAUCCGACUCCAUGCUUUGUUACUCUGGUCUCUGAUUCAUCAACUCUUACUCAUGGCGGAGCGUGGAUUGUACGGCCUUGCUCCUCGACUUGAUAUUCAACAAAUACUAGCAGAAGCCCAGCAUCGGUGGUUGCGGCCUGCUGAAAUUUGUGAAAUUCUUCAUAAUUAUAAGAAGUUUCAGAUUGCACCAGAGCCUCCGAACAGGCCCCCAAGUGGUUCUCUUUUUCUCUUUGAUAGGAAGGUGUUGAGAUACUUUAGAAAGGAUGGACAUAAUUGGAGGAAGAAAAAAGAUGGAAAGACUGUGAAGGAGGCUCAUGAGAAGCUGAAGGUUGGUAGUGUUGAUGUGCUACACUGCUAUUACGCUCAUGGGGAAGAGAACGAAAAGUUUCAAAGGCGCAGCUAUUGGUUGCUUGAACAGGAUUUGAUGCACAUCGUUUUUGUCCACUACCUGGAAGUUAAGGGUAAUAGGACAAAUAUUGGAGGCAUUAGAGAAAGUGAUGAGGUUGCAUCAGAUUUCCAAAAGGGCAGCCCUUUGAGUUCUGACUUUCACACAAACCAUAAAGGCGCACCUAGUGGAAAUACUGAUUCACCAAGCCCAAGCAGUUCUCUAACAUCACUAUGUGAAGAUGCUGAUUCUGAGGAUAGUUACCAAGCUAGUUCGAGAUCUUGCUCAUUUCUUGAGUCACCGAUGCAGAAUGGUCCUCUAAUGGAUAGGAUGGAUGCUGGUGCCUUGAGUUCUUAUUUUUUGUAUCCCCCUGCAGAUAGUCGUGGUCUGUCAUCAAUUCCUGGUGGAAAUUAUAUUUCUCAAGGUCAGAAAGGUGGACCUAGUGAUAGUGAUAAUGUUACUUGUGUGACUGGUUCUCAAGAGGCAAUUGAUUUGGCAUCCUGGAAAGAAGUCUUGGAACAUUCUACAAGAGGAUUCCAUUCUUCUGUAUCUUCUUAUGAAUCAUUGACUGCCGUCCAAUCUGCCUCAACUGGAAUUGUUCUUGGCGAAGAAGAUUUGACUCGAGGUCAAUAUUUAACAGGUGGGAGUGUUCUGAAGGAAGAGGUUCAAAAUCUUGAGCCAAUGCACUCAAAUUGGCAGACUUCUUUUGGCGAUAAUUCAGUACAGUUGCCCACAUGGACUAUGGACCAGUCAUCAAAUCUGGACUUGGCAUAUGAUCUCGGAAUGACAAUAUUUGAGCCUAAAAUUCAUGAUAUGGAUGUCAGAAAUGCUCCGGAGCUGUUUACUAAUCCAAUUCUGCAAAGUGAACAGAAUAAACUGUUUACAAAUUAUGAACCUCAGUUUUCAAUAAAAUCAAAUUCCAAAACUGAUAUGCCCAUUGAAGGAAAUAGUAACUAUGCUUUGACUCUAAAGAAAUCAUUAUUAGAUGGAGAAGAGAGCUUGAAGAAAGUUGACAGCUUUUCUCGAUGGGCUACAAAAGAACUUGGAGAUGUUGAUGAUUUGCAUUUGCAGAGCUCGCCUGGUAUUUCAUGGAGCACUGACGAAUGUGGAAAUGUACUGGAUGAUUCCUCAUUGAGUCCCUCUAUUUCUCAAGACCAGCUUUUUAGUAUUUUAGAUUUUUCACCGAAAUGGGCUUACACAGACUCAGAAACUGAGGUUCUGAUAAUUGGAACAUUCUUUAAGAGUCUACCUGAGGUUACAAAAUGUGAUUGGUCGUGCAUGUUUGGCGAACUGGAGGUUGCUGCAGAAGUUUUAGCCAAUGGGGUUCUUUGCUGCCGAGCUCCACCUCACGCUGUUGGACAAGUCCCUUUUUAUGUAACUUGUUCCAACAGGUUAGCUUGUAGUGAAGUGCGAGAAUUUGACUAUCGAGUGGGAUCUGUUAAAGGUAUAGACAUUGCUGUUAUCUACAGCGGUGCUGCAAAUGAAAUGCGUCUUCAUUUGCAACUUGAGAGGUUACUGUCUCUGUCUGUCACUCCUCCAAGUCACUUAGAAAGUGUUACUGUGAAACGAGAGUUAAUCAGUAAGAUUAUUUCAUUAAAGGAGGAAGAGGAAUAUUACCAGAUGGUAGAGCCAGUCUUGCAGAAGGAUUUAUCCCAGCAUGAAAUGAAGGAGCAUCUCCUUAAAAUGUUGGUGAAAGAGAAGUUGUACUCAUGGCUCCUUCGUAAAGUAUCUGAAGCUGGUAAAGGGCCAAGUAUAUUGGAUGAUGACGGGCAAGGUGUGAUACAUUUAGCAGCUGCCCUUGGUUAUGAUUGGGCCAUAAAACCAAUUUUGACAGCAGAAGUCAGUAUCAAUUUCCGGGACGUAAAUGGAUGGACAGCUCUUCAUUGGGCUGCAUUUUGUGGCAGAGAGCAGACAGUAGCAUUCCUUGUCUCUCUGGGUGCAGUUCCUGGAGCAUUGACAGAUCCAUCACCCGAAUUCCCAUUGGGUAGAACACCUGCAGACCUGGCAUCUGGAAAAGGACACAAAGGAAUCUCUGGUUUUCUUGCCGAGUCUUCCUUGACAAGCUACCUCAAGUCCCUAACGGUGAAUGAUAAAAAAGAAGAUGGAACAGUAGAAGUUUCUGGAAUGAAAGCUGUGCAAACAGUUUCAGAACGGACAGCAACGCCUGUGAAUUAUAGCGACGCGGCAGAUGCACUGUCACUGAAGGAUUCACUUAAUGCCAUCUGCAAUGCCACACAAGCUGCUGAUCGCAUACAUCAAAUGUUCAGGAUGCAUUCAUUUGAGAGAAGAAAGAUAACGGAGUAUGAUGAUGAUGAUGGUAGACUAUCAGAUGGGCGUGCCCUUUCAAUUGUAUCUGCCAAGUCACGCAAGCCUAAACAAAGUGAUGGGCUAGCCCAUGAUGCUGCCACACAAAUACAGAAGAAGUUCCGUGGCUGGAAGAAAAGAAAAGAAUUCUUAAUAACCCGUCAAAGAAUUGUCAAAAUUCAGGCCCAUGUAAGGGGACACCAGGUGAGAAAAAAAUAUAGAACGAUCAUCUGGUCUGUAGGUAUUUUGGAGAAGGUUAUAUUGCGCUGGAGACGUAAAAAGAUCGGUUUGCGGGGCUUCCGACAAGAUGCACAUAAGGACACCAAUCCACAAAGUGCACCCUCAAAAGAGGAUGAUUACGAUUUUCUCAAGGAAGGAAGGAAACAGACAGAAGAAAGGUUGCAAAAAGCUCUAUCUAGGGUGAAGUCUAUGGUACAGUAUCCAGAGGCACGGGCUCAAUACCGUAGGCUGCUAACAGUUGUUGAAGGGUUCCGAGAGACUAAGGCGUGCAAUAUGGUUUUGAGUAGUUCUGAAGAAACAGUUGAUGGGGAUGAGGAUGUGAUUAAAAUUGGUACGCUGUUGGAUGAUGAGAUGCUGUUGGAUGAUGACACUUUUAUGUCUAUAGCAUUUGAAUAAACCUUCAAUCUUCUCCGAUUUGUCCAGUCUGUCUUCAAGAUCUCUGGCUAUAUUGCUGCAUCAUGAAGAUCACCAUCCUGUAAAUAUGAUGUCUGAUAUGUCAUGUCAUCCAUGAUUUUCUAGCAGGUUUACAGCUACAUUCAAGUUUUCUGCACAGCUGCUUAUAUGAUUGUAAUUUGUUUUCUCAGGCUUCACUAGGGACUUGGUUUAGUAAAAUACCUUGUUGUAUGUUUGUAGAAGACAGUAUUGGCUUACAGCUGGAUUGUAUUAACAAGCACAUUUCUAAUAUGACCCGUAUGGUUUUUUUCCUUCUGAA